UGGCUGCUUGGGAAGGACGGUGCCAGUAAGGAGCUGAAAGUGCCUUACAGUGUGACGAACAGCAGCAAGGACAUGACUGUCAUGCCGCCUGUGCGCCUGCGGGCUGCGGCCAAGAAGCCCAUGUGGAUCAUCCUUCUCCUCUGCCUGGUCUCUGUUGUAUUGAUCGGGGCGUAUAUCUACCCGACGCACCACUACUCUCAGAGCUACCGCUUCUCUUCUAGUGUGUGCACACCUUCCAAGGACUGGCACCCUUCUUACGGCCGUGGGGGGAAAACUGAUGAGGAGAUCAUGUCCGCCGCUGUUAUCAGGGAUAUCCUUGCAAUGCCCACGUGCGUGUCGAAGAAUCCAAAGAUCGCGCUCAUGUUCUUGACGCCCGAUUCAUUGCCCUUGGAGAAAUUGUGGGAGAAGUUUUUGCAGGGUCACGAGGGGCGAUACUCCAUCUAUGUGCACGCGUCGGGUCAGAAGCCUGUGCAUUCCAGUUCUCUCUUUGUUGGCCGAGAUAUUCAUAGUGAUGCGGUUGAAUGGGGAACGAUUUCAAUGAUAGAUGCAGAGAAGAGGCUAUUAGCAAAUGCACUGGAAGACCCUGAUAAUCAAUUUUUUGUCCUUCUUUCUGAUAGCUGUGUUCCGCUGUAUUCAUUUGACUAUGUAUUUAAUUACCUGAUGGGAACAAGCAUUAGUUUUGUUGAUUGCUUCCAGGAUCCUGGUCCUCAUGGAAAUGGAAGGUAUUUUCUUGAGAUGCUUCCUGAAAUAGAGGAGAGGGACUUCAGAAAGGGUGCUCAGUGGUUUGCAAUCACGAGGAAACAUGCUUUAAUGAUUCUGGCCGACAAUCUUUACUACAAGAAGUUCAAGCUAUAUUGCAAGCCAGCCGAUGGGCGCAACUGUAUUGCUGACGAGCAUUAUUUGCCAACCUUAUUCAAUAUGGUAGAUCCAGGUGGAAUAGCUAAUUGGUCAGUUACACAUGUGGAUUGGUCUGAGGCGAAAUGGCAUCCAAAGUCAUAUGCAGCUUCUGAUGUCAGCUAUGAUCUCUUAAAGAAUAUAACAUCUGUUGAUGAGAGCUUCCAUGUAACAAGUGAUGACAAGAAACUUAUGACACAGCAGCCUUGUUUGUGGAACGGAUCAAAGAGUCCAUGCUACCUUUUUGCUAGAAAAUUUGACCCUGAAACUCUCGACAGCUUACUGAAGAUAUUCAGCAAUUAUAAGUCUGUUUGACUUCAACCUGAUUCUUUGCCCUCAACACAUGGUUCAACUACAUGAGCACUCUUGCUCUUUUUCUCUCUUCAUGUAAAAAUUGUGAAGUCAAUCAAUACUAAAGCCUAGUAACGCGGAUUUGGGCCUUGAGAGGCAGGUUGCUGCUGCAGUGACUGCGAAAACCUGUAGUCGCUGCUCCAUGGGUAGGGAUGUGGCAAUAUUGAUAACAAUGAUACUACCCUCAGUUGUAAUCUAUCGUGCUUCCUGUAAGUUCUUAUCAGUCUCAUUCGCGCCCUUUUACUCUAUUUGACUCGUUAGUUCCUGGCUACUGGAGAUCAUAUUUUCGUCAAUAUGUUGUUAUUAUAAUCCAUUCUUUUGUAGACACAAAGAGAUAACUGAGAGGUACCACAUAUCUUUAUAGCCUAAUAAUUGUUUUUGGACUACCAGAUGUCUUUAUAAUCGUGUAAUUGUUUUUUUGCCUACUUAGUGAACGGUGCAUCUCUCUUUCGGGUUACUAAA